AUGACAAAAAUAAUUAUAGACUUAAAGAAACAACAAGUGUUGGAGAGACCAAAGUCUCCAAGUCCAAGCUUCCUUUCGAAGAUGUUUAUAAUACCAAAGAACGAUGGAUCCUUCCGACCAGUCUUCGACCUGCGAGGACUCAACAGGUAUGUCCAUACCAAACAUUUCCAACUGAUAUCCCAUGCCUCAAUACCAGAAUUCCUUCAAAAUGGGGACUGGAUGGUGAAAAUAGACAUAUCCAAUGCCUAUUUCCACAUACCAAUUGCAGAAUCCCAUCGUUGCUAUCUCCGGAUGAUAUACAACAACGAACUAUUACAAAUGAAUUCGCUUCCUUUUGGCCUGGCAUCUGCUCCUCGCACUUUUGCAGCGGUUACAAACUGGAUCGCGGAGAUCCUGCGAGACAAGGAAAUUCGGGUUCUAGUCUAUCUAGACGAUUUCCUAUUGGUUCACCAGGACCAAGCCAAGCUGGUCUCUCAGACUGCGGAAGUCGUGAGACUCUUGGAGUCUAUGGGUUGGCAAAUAAAUUACCUAAAGUCUGUGCUGAAGCCAAUGCAACAAUUAGAGUAUUUAGGAAUAACUUGGAACACCAAGACAGACACAAUGUAUCUCUCGGAGAGAAAAAUAAAAAAUAUAAAAACAGCAAUUACAAAAUUAUUAAGCAAAAAGGCAUGCAAUCUAAAACAGGUGCAAAAAAUUCUAGGACAACUGAACUUCGCCAGUUUUGUCAUAAGAAGGGGUCGCCUGCACUGCCGCUACAUUCAAAUACUGCUAAAUCGCUUCAAGCAAAAUUUGAAAAACAAAAGAGUCCUGCCACCACAAGUACGACAGGACCUCAGGUGGUGGAGUCAGUCAUUAGUGGGCAAGGCAGUUCUACAUCAGCGACCAUACACCCACUUCCUCACAACCGAUGCGGCAGAUACCGGUUGGGGGGCCCAGUUGAACGAGAAGAUGAUGUCAGGAGUCUGGACAAAAGAUCAGAUGAAAUGGCACUCGAAUUGGAAAGAGCUGUUCGCAGUAUAUGCGUCAAUCCAGAAACAAUCACACUGCCUACAGAAUGCUCACAUUCUAGUCCAGUCGGACAAUCGAACCCUUGUGGCGUAUAUUCGGAACGACGGGGGGACCCACUCAAUGAGUUUACUCAAUCUGACGUGCAAGUUGUUGAGGCUGACCGACAGGAAAAACAUUCUGCUAUCAGCACACUACCUCCCGGGGAGGUACAACUGCACAGCCGAUCACCUCUCACGGGGACGGCGACUGUCAGAAUGGCAUCUGCUGCCCGCUGUAACAAACCAAUUGUUCCAUCGUUGGGGAAUCCCAGAUGUCGAUCUAUUCGCGUCUGCAGAAACCGCCGUAGUCAGCAGAUACGUCUCCUUAGACUGGAAAGACAAUUUGGCAAUAUUCCCAAAUGCCUUCAGUCAGGACUGGAAUUUUCGGCUCGGGUGGAUAUUUCCUCCUCCCAGCUUGAUCCCUCGAGUAUUAGCUCAAUUGAACCGUGCCAAGGGUCAUUACAUAUUAAUAGCUCCUCUAUGGGAAAAGACCUUUUGGCUAGCAGAUUUAAAAAAUCGGGCACUGGAACCACCAGUGACAAUAGAGAAAAUUUCGGAGAAUUUGGUAGACACCGCAACGGGUCUUCCUCCACCACAAGCAGACCAACUGAACCUUCAGGCCUGGUUAGUUGGAGGUGGGCAAAAUCAAUUAGUAGAUGGUCAGAAUCAGAAAAACAAUUAUUAA